CCCCAACCCAAAAGAUCCUGUUUCUCCUCACGGUUACCGCUAUACCACAACUCCACCCAAAGCCAUAAAAACCAGUGCCGCAACAAUGAGAGCUAAAGCUUCCAGGCUCUGAAUUUUCAGGAUGUUGGCGCCAGCAUCAGCCCAGGUGCAUCACACCAUACGAUCCGUUGCAAGCUGCUUUGGGCUUCAUCAACGAUCUGUGCUGAAUUUGGACCGAUAUUGCAGAUGGCCAGGGACUGGAAAGAAGACGAUUCUUUCCACUCGUGGUGUGCUUGAAUCCAGCAAUGGUGCACCGUCCGGUGGCCUUGUGAGAAAAAGAAAGGUUGUGGAGCACAUUAUUCUGCUUAGAGCCAAGCCGAACAUCUCAGAUGCUGAAGAAAAAGAUAUGCUAGAUUACCUAUAUACAUCACAGUACCAGAUGAGAGGGAUACUCGCAGUCUCAUUAGGCCGCAUAGAGGACCCCAAUAGCGAGAACUUCACACAUGCUGUCUUCAUGCGUUUUCAGCAGAAAGAAGACAUUGCGAAGUUCCAGAGUAGUGCAUACUAUUCCAAAAUUCUUGAUGAGCACGUAAAACCUGUUUCCUAUGGCUCAGUUUCUGUAGAUUUCGAGUCCGAGGUGGAAGAUGACAUUAUCCCUCUCUUUCGUAGGGAAAACCUGGUCCUUUGGCAGGAUUUUAACUAUGGUGUCGAGUUUAUGCUGCUGAUAUCUUUCUUGGAAACUGCAUCACGAGAGGCAAUGGAGGAUGCAUCAUCUUCUCUGCAGAGUUUGAUCAGCCAAUGCAGUUCUUUUAUUGUGCAAGCAACCUGUGGUUGCUGUUUGAAUCCGGAAAAUGGAUAUAAUCAUGCUGCAGUAAUCCGCUUUCCAUCAUCUGAUGACUUGAAGUUGUUCAGGGAGAGCAUCGAGUACAAGGAUAUGUGGGCAUCGAAAUUCCAUCCUGUUGUGGAGAAAUCCCUGGAGCUGCAUUUCAGCGUUGACCCCGUGGGGAACCAGCUGAUGUAGAGCGUUCAUGAAUAUUCAUGAGCAGCUGAGCUGACCAUCAGGCUCCGAGUAAAGUUUGCUGCACGCCAUGGCCGGUGUUCUGUAUUUGUUGAGUUAGUAGAAGAUGGAAUCUGUUGGAGUUGGACAAGAUGGACAUGGAUGGGUCUUGCUGGGAGUUCCAUCUCCGCUCAUUUUUGCUGAAAUGUUUGUGUACCGAAUUAUCUUCAUUGCCACCUGCUUAAUUAAUUACUCAAGAUAUGAUGGAUGUUGAUCAAAGCUAUGGGUGGCAACCAAUCUCUUA